AUGUUGUUGCAAGAUAGACAGGACAGCAGCCGGUCGUCGCCGCCGCUCCGCAACAAGUUCCUCAUCGAACAGAACCACCAGAUCGUCAAGAGCGAAUCGAUGGCCGUGAGCGCGGCGCACGCCGCGGCCCUGCUGGAGACGCAGCGGCAGAUCGAGACGAUGAUCGACGGCCUCGAGAGUGCCCAGAACCUCUUCCUCGGCGAGCUCGUCGCCGGCGCGAGCGACCGGUGCGUCGUGCUCUGCGAGAUCGACCACCCGAACCACAUCGUCGCGUGCUCCAAGCACUGGAGCGACCUCUGCGGCUUCCGGGCCGCCGAGGCCAUCGGCCUCACGCCGAAAAUCCUCCAGGGCGAGUGCACGGAGCCCGCCGUCGCGGCCGACUUCCGCGACC